CCGUCUUCCCGAACUUUGGCUUUGAAGUUUUCAUUCAGUUUCAAUAUUCCAUUCGAGCCCAAAUGCUUGAAAUCUUAUAUUGUUUCUCUCGAUCUGUGAUAUUGGACGGCGAAAAGUGUACAACUCCGGUCGAUGAUGGAGGUGUCGAAGGAGAAUCCAGCGGGUGCUUUUGUAGACUUCGGGAGUUCUGCGGAGUCUUUUCAGAAAUUGUUAGCAUCUCAGACAGAACUUUUUCACAUCCAGGUCGAUCUACUUCAGAAGAUUGUUGUAACGCAAUGCAAACUCACUGGUGUAAAUCCUCUGUCUCAAGAAAUGGCAGCUGGUUCACUGUCAAUUAAAAUUGGGAAAAGACCAAGGGAUUUGCUAAACCCUAAAGCAGUAAAAUAUAUGCAAUCAGUCUUCUCCAUUAAAGAUACGAUUAGCAAGAAGGAGUGUCGUGAGAUCAGCGCUCUUUGUGGUGUUACUGUUACACAGGUUCGAGAAUUCUUUGCUGGUCAGCGUUCAAGAGUGAGAAAGCUUGUCCGAUUGUCAAAGGAGAAGGUGGUUAGGUCUAAUGCAUCCAAGGCUUCCCAGGAUGGAUGCUCAAUUGGCUCUGAUCCUGCCAUGUCUAUUGAUCAAGUGCCUUUAAAUUCUGUGGACUAUAAGACUGUUGAAGAAGUCCCCUCUUGCUCAUUGCAGGAGGAAGCUCUACCUGACAUAGACAACUCAGAUAAAACUUUCCUUGAGAAUAUUUUCAAUUUGAUGAGGAAAGAGGAAACAUUCUCUGGGCAGGUGAAGCUGAUGGAGUGGAUCCUGCAGAUAGAAAAUUCUUCAGUUUUAUAUUGGUUUUUAACUAAAGGUGGUCUGAUGAUUGUAAUGACAUGGUUGAGCCAAGCAGCUUUGGAGGAACAGACAACUGUUCUCGUUGUCAUAUUUAAGGUCCUUUGUCAUCUGCCACUACAUAAAGCUUUGCCUGUUCAUAUGUCUGCCAUAUUGCAAACUGUUAACAGAUUGCGGUUUUAUAGGACAUCAGACAUAUCAAACAGGGCAAGAGUUCUGUUAACAAAAUGGAGCAAACUAUUUGUGAGAAGCCAAGCUUUGAAGAAGCCCACUUCUAUGAAAUCGCCCAAUGCUACACAGAAAGAGAUAAUCCAGAAGCAGAGGAUGGGUGAAAUUCUCUGUGAUGAAUCUUGGCAGUCAAAAGUUGAUAUUCCUGAGAUUCUUGCUCUCACUUUUGAGGGUUCAGAGGAUUCCAGGAAAUCAGAACCUCCGCGGACACUGAAACUGCUCCCUGCUUCUGCCGAUGUUCCGAACAGAAGACACAUUCGAAGUGUCUUUUCACCCCAAACCAAGGAACGCAGAAAAGUUCUGUUUGUUGAACAGCCAGGGCAGAAAACAGGCGGCAGAAGUCCACAGGUCGGAAGGGCAUUGCCUUUGAUGCAAGGGCGUCCAAUGUCAGCGGAUGAUAUACAGAAAGCCAAAUUGCGUGCACAUUUCAUGCAGAUUAAGUAUGGCAAGAUUGGUUCAUCUUCUAGUGAUGACCACAAACGGAAGAUGGAAGAUCCAAUGAAACCUUCUGCUUCUUGGAGUAGCAAUUUGCCUUCAUCAUCAAAAACACUUGUUAGGCUCAAUGAGGAAAAUGCUAAUUCAGGUGUACUUCCCUCAACAAUUUCUCCCAGCAAAUUGGUAGAUACUAUUGAACCGAAGUCAAGCUUGGACCACCAGGAAUCCUCACAAGAGAAGUUUAGGCGGGAUCAAACCUCAUGGCAGAUGCCUCCAGAGAUGAGGAUCAACAGUAUGUGGAGGAUUGGCACAGGAGAGAGGAGCAAAGAAGUUGAAGUUCAGAUUGAGCGGAUAAGACGGGAGAAGGAAACCUUUUACCACAGUAAUCAGGAAAUUCCACCUAAUCCCAAGGAACCAUGGGACCUAGAGAUCGACUAUGAUGACACCUUGACCCCAGAAAUACCAACUGAACAGCCACCAGAUGCCGAUGUUGCAGCAUCAUUGGCUUCCCCUAUUGAUAAAGGAAAAACCUCAGAUACUUCUCCAGCCACUGCAACCACAACCAGUAAGGAAUAUUGCCCCCCUGCGGCCGCAACAAGUAAUGAGUGUGCUCCUGAACCGGAUCUUGAGUUGCUUGCUGUGCUACUGAGUAACCCACAACUGGUUUUUGCCUUGACUUCUGGCCAAGGUGAUAGCUUAUCUAGUGCAGAGACAGUGAGGCUUCUCGAUAUGAUCAAGGCUAGUGGGAUUGGUUUACCCGGGAUUUUAAGUGGGAUGGGUGGAAAGGCUGAGGAGAAGGUCGAAGUGACUACUUCUCUUCCAUCACCAACUCCUGGAUCAGAUCACAUAAUGAGUGGAUGGAGAUCUGAAGUAGGUAAAGAUCGUUUCUCACAUCCUGUUUCAGCAGCUUAUAAUGACACAGCGGUGACUUCCUCCAUUCCUUCCAUGGGAAAGCUCCCCCUUGGUGGUUCAGUGCAGCACCAAGUUCCAAGCCAAAAGUUUUCAUCACCGCACAUACCAACCAUUAUGCCCCAACAGCUUCAAGCAGCAUUUGGUGCUGUGUUGCCCGAGAGACAACUACCCUCAUCAACUCCAUUUCUAAGCCAACAAUCUCCCACAAUUUACCCCUUACAACAGACUCCUACCAGUGAAGCUAUCUUACCUGUGAAGCAGUUCUUACUUCCCAGUUCAGCCCAACAGCAACCAGAAUCAAGAGGGCUUGGGCAAAUGCACAAUCUGAAGGCUGCAACUGUAUCAAUUGGAUUGAAACCCACGAAGGAGAGGCCACCCGCUACUGCCUUGCAUCCUUCAUCAGCUUCGUUGCGGCCUCAACCAAGGCCACACCCGCCUCUGUUACCAGACCCUCCGCUCAUUCAGCCACUGCACACCACAUGGCCACCCAAUGCAGUCGGCCCUGGGAGACAGGCUUCUGUGUCUGCUCCCCAGAAUGUUAGGCAGUUUGCUGCAUCAAGUAACCAUUUCCAAGCUAACCAAAACAAUUACAAUGUAUAUUCACGGGGAAUUGUGGGUGAGCCAGAGCUAGAGACUUGGAGUCCAGAGGAUAGCCCAGUGAGGCCCCCAUUGUAUCAAUCUGGAUGGGGCUUUCAUGAACCCAGAAGUGAUUAUGGCUGGAAUAUUAGACCUGAUCGGUCAAGGCAGCAUAACUCUGGGUAUCGGGACCGUAGACAUGGUAGAAGAUGGCGAGAACAAAGGCACUGAGUCUCUGUAUAUUACUUACUGGCAAUGGCCAUGACUGCCAAUUUGAUCAUCUAAUGACAAGCAUAGAAACUGUGUAUAGGUCCAAAAUUUGAUUCAAAUGGGCAGUUAGGGGGAAAUAUUCCUAGAUUCAAAAUUGAAUUUGUUGAUUAAUUGAAUGUU